CAGGUCCUGGUGUGCGGCCUGUACGAGCACGAGAUGUGCGACCUGCUGUACCGCGACAUUACGCCAGAGGACUACGACCUCUUGCUGAGGCUGGACGAGCGGGUGCCCAAGAAGACCGCUCCCGCCGACGCCCUGGCCCGACUGCGCGAGGUGCCCUGCGCGGAGCGACGGCAUGACACUUGCGGCAUAUGUCUCACAGCGUUCGGGGAGGACGACGACGAGGACGUCGUCUCGGUGCCCUGCCCUGCCGAGCACGAGUUUCACCGGGAGUGCGUGUCGAAGUGGCUGAUGCAGUGCAAGAACACUUGCCCACUCGACCACACGGAACUGUGGUAGCCACGGCAGCCGCCGUUACAGAGUUGCAGCAGCCAUGGCAGCCGCCAUUUCUAGAUUCUCACCCGUUUCGAUCAUUGCCUUCUGCUGUCCGCUGGCCAUCGGAUUGCGCCACGUUCCCGGGUUGCGCCACGUUCCCAGCACACACCUCGAUGUC